CAUAUUUGACUGUAGUCACAGCGAAGAUGGUGUCCUCUGUUGACAAUACAUCAUUAUAUAGAGAAAGUCUUGUUCUACUUAUCUACAGAUAUAUCGUUUGUGGUUUAAAACUUUAUAAAUGCCUUUGAGAAAAAAAAGAAGAUUAGAAUUUCAUAGAUUAUUGUUUUUAUUUUAGAUCCAAUAUGGUUAAUUGCUAGUGUUGAAGAAGGUGGAUUAAUGGGUAUAACUCAACAACUUGAACAAUGUCAUUCACUUGGUAUGAAUGUUAAUUAUCCACAACAGAUGAGCAAUCAAGUAGGUGGUGUGCCAUCAUCAAAUAAUUUAUUUUAUCAAACAUCUUCUACAAAUCCAUUUCAAAAUACGAGAUGGCCUACGUCAGAUGCUAGUAAUGCAGCUGGCUGGACGAAUUAUCCAAUUGUACCUGUUACAGAAUAUUCUCGAACGAGCAAUAUUAAUCAUCAACCAUCGGAUCCGUCAUCAUCAUCAAAUGGAAUGGUUGAUGAUAAUUCUUUAGACACAUAUUAA